UUUGUACAAAAUCAAGGAAACUUAUUUGUACAAAAUCAAGAAAACUCAUUUGUACAAGAUCAAGAAAACUUAUUUGUACAAAAUCAAGAAAACUCAUUUGUACAAAAUCAAGAAAACUUAUUUGUACAAAAUCAAGAAAACUCAUUUGUACAGAAUCAAGAAAACUCAUUUGUACAAAAUCAAGAGAUCUCAGUUGUACAAAAUCAAGAAAACUCGGUUGUACAAAAUCAAGUAAUCUCGCUUCUACAAAACCUUGAAGUUCCAAGCGUAGAAGAUAAAGAAGCUAUUCAGGCUUUUGAUAAUAUUGUAUUAAAAAUCGUUCCACGUUCAAUGAUUCUUUCAGAUAAAUUGCGUGCUUUGAGAAUGCCAAUGGUUUUAAAGGAUACACUAUAUCUGGAUCAUUCAAUGCAUCAAUCAUUCAAUAUGUUAUUAAAGUUUCCGGAGGAAAACACUGUGGCAAAAGUAUUACAUAUGUUUACACAAUCUUCGUAUUUUUUAGAAGUUGAUAACCAAAAGAAAUAUUCAAUUGAGUUUCCUGUUACAUUGAUGAAGUAUUUUAAUGCUACUGUCCAUACACAUCUAACUUACAGAAUCGAGCAACUUUAUUCUUUAAGAAAUAAGGGCAUGACUUAUUUUCAGCAGAAAAUAUACAAUCAGCCAAUCGUCAACUAUUUCUUUAAAAAUCAACUAUAUCCCAAAAAAAUUUGGUGUUAUUUAUAUGGCCCUAUGCAUCUACUAAGGUUACUUCAACAUUUACCAUCAAUUUUAUCAAUAAACUCGUGGCAUCCUGAAUACGAAUCAGAUACUUUCGCUCUACAUAUUGAACGAUUGUUACA